AUGCUCGUCUCCAUAUUCCCGGCUUCCAUGCUUUCCUCAUUCGUUGGCAGCCAAUACUUUACCAAGAACGCUGGCCGCAUAACCGAAUCUGAUGGAAAAGAUUCUUCUAUUGCGUCAGAAAUCUUGUCUCACAUUUCCGUCGGCCAGGCUUUCGGUGGCGAUCCACGUCUAGAGACCAAGUUUGCCUACCACAUGAUCACCGCACAUAAGACCGGUAUGGAAAAGGCUGCUGCCGGUGCAGUGCAGACUGGCCGUGGUGAUUGUGCAACCGUUGACGAGAUCUACGCGAUUGUCUACCUCCUUGUCGACGUUGUGUCCGCAGACAAGUCUACCGUCGCCGCACUGCUUGCCCGGCUCCGGAGCCCUGACCAAGGAGACGUUCUUCUCAAGGGCCAUAAUUUCAAGAAACAUAACGUCAGAAGUCUUCGUAGCUCCAUUGGCUCCGUUCAGCAGGAGCCAUCUCUUCUCGACCGGUCCAUCUUUGAGAACAUCGCUCUUGGUUUCAUCAAUCCUCCCAAGCCCUCUCAUCAGCUUUUGAAGCCGUACCUUAGCGGGGGGCCAGCUAGCUGA